GCCAAAUUCACUGCCACACUUUGCACCCUAUGGACGAAGACUAUUAUGACGUCGACGCUAUACUAGCCGAAAACCAGAAGGUACAAUGCACAUUCAAGGUCACGGUGCCUGAGAUGGGUCAUUUGGACGGCGGUAACGAACGAGAUAUCAAACCCUUGAGCAAGGUUAACAUUCCAAUGUGGAUGGCCUACAUCCUAAUCUAUUCUGAUUAUGCCGACUUCAAUAUUCCACCACCCUUCUCUUCACGAGUCCGCAAUGCCCUGAAUGCCGAACCCAAGAGCGUCAAGCUUUGUAACUUGGUAGGUCAAGGCGGUGUUUGGUACGCAUUCGGGGUGAUGAUCAUGAAAUUACUCAAUGACGCCCCCGCAAACGACAUGUCCGAGAUUCUCGUCAAAACUUUCCGCUCUCGACUCCCGGAAGUCAUAGACCAAGCCCAACACUUCGCCUCUAUAACUACUGCUACAGCCGGUGCUGGGUCCGCAGAUCCAAGUGGUGCCUUCAGGGAAGGUCUUGAUGGUACCGAACGAGAAUUGUUUACGCUGGCGCAAGUUGCAGUACAGACGACGAAGAAGUGGUACAACCAUAGCGAGGUACCAGGAAAGUGAAGGACGGGUUGAGAUGGCUGCGUGAUCAUGUCGUUUUUGGUUGCAAAUGCCUCGUAAUAGGGCACAUGGUGCUAGCGUGGCGCGGAGGAUGAUACCCUUGUGAUACCCCAACGUCAACUGUAGCAAAUAGAUUGAUUCCUCGAUA